GAAAAUGCAACUAGAUCCAUAAUGAACAAUAUAACAAAAGUUCUUGGAACUGCUAUCGAAAACGUCCAUUAUACUAUCGAGAACAUCAAUGAUGCCUUGACGAACCCAAGAAAACGGACUUCAUUAACACAUGACAUAACGACCAUAUUUACUCCAGAAAGCAUCAAAAAAGUCAAAACAACACAGACUAAUGGGCGACUUGAAGCAUCAAAUGAAUCGUCAUCAAAGCCCCUCAAAAUACUUUCAACAGGGUCAUUUGUUGAUUUGAGACAAAGAAGUGGAUAUUAUUUGGAUAAGACUCACUUCAUUUCUAAAAUAGAAAAUCUUAAUGCCCACGCCAUACUUUCUCUGCGUCCCCGUCGCUUCGGUAAAACAUUAUUUCUUUCCACUCUGUCUGCUUAUUACGAUAUAAAGAACCAAGGAGAUCAGUUCAAACAAUUAUUUGGUGAUCUGUUCAUUGGUAAAAAUCCCACGCCAUUAGCAUCUUCAUUCCUAGUUCUGGAGCUCAAUUUUUCUGGAAUUCGCACUGGCGCAACAUAUGACAUCUUUGAGGAGAGUUUUCACAAACAUGCUUUGACAAACUUAUUAAGGUUGCUGAACGCGGUAGAAUUAUGUGGUUACAAGCUAUAUAUUUGCAUUGAUGAAUACGACGCUAGCAUUAACGAAAUUCUUAGAGACGAAACUGCCAUCCAAGAACUCACCAAUAAUCACAAAAAGGAAAGCAAAAUCAAAUUAAUUGAGAGUUCAUUCAAGCAAUUUUACAGUUGUUUGAAGACUGCUUGUGAUAGAGGCAUCGCUUAUGUUUUCCAAACCGGCGUAACCCCUGUUGCUAUGUCCGAAUUUACCUCAGGGUUCAAUAUUUCAACAGAUUUAGCAUUAAGCGAAGAAUUUUGGGACUUACAUGGAUUCAAGCAGUCAGAAGUUGAACUUCUUUUGAACAAUGCGCUUGGAAAUAAUCUGCAAUCUGAUAUUAAAAAGGGGAUAAUAAAAUGGUUAAAAGAGGAAAAUGAUGGAUAUUUUUUUAACCCUAAUCAAGCUGAGGGUAUAUUUAACACUGCUCGUAUUCUGUACUGUAUUCGAAUGUUGAUUGGGCAAAUAAAAUUUAUAAGCUACAGUGAGGAUUCUUCAAACAUUAUCAAAAAAUUUCUUCGUUUCCCCCCUGAUCCGAACACAUUGCCUUCUCAAACAAUAUUGGAAUUAAUUGUCAACAAUCCCCUUGGCAAAUCUAUCCUUACUGAAGCACUCAAUCGAAGUCCCCUCGAAUCAAGAAAUGGUAUAGAACAACGAUUUCGUCUCACUAGCAUUCGCGAGUUGGCAACCGAUCGCAACCCGUUAUUAUCGUUCAUGUUCUAUACUGGUGCCCUCACAUAUCAACCGAAUUCAUUACGACACAUAUUUCGAAUCCCAAAUCGUGUUUCCGAGAGAGAGUUUAUUGCAGAGGCGCUAAAAAUCUACGACUGGAAAGAAGAGGAUUUAAUACCUGUUCGAAGUUGCUUACAGAUUUUGGAGGCAGAAUGUGACAUCGAACCGCUCUGCCGAUUUGUAGAGGAAACUCUACUUAAGCCAUUGAAGGACAAUAGUGUCAAACAUUCAAAUGAAGAGGCCUUGAAGCAAUCUUUUAUAGACACUUUAAUUCUAACUCUGCACGCAGACAUUGAACCAGAGUUUCGGGUAAAUUCUCAGAACUCUAAGUUAGGUAAUAAGGCAAUCGAUUUAGUGAAAACAAGUACUGGAGGAAGGAUAGCAAUCGAAUUUGAUAAUAUUAGGAUGGAAUACAUUAACCUAAACGGAGCUCAAAGUACUUGGCAGGAAGCAGCACAAGUAUCACGAUCAUUGAUGACGAAAUCAGAGGAUGAAAUUUUAAGCCUUGAAAUUAGUGAUCCAUACCGACCAAAUCAAAAGACAGUUCGUGAAGCUUUAGAAUGGAAGAUUAAAAAGAAAAGCAAUGAGUAUUUAGAGCCGCUAAAAAAACGACAUGACGCAGAGUUGAGAUGUAUGUUUAUUGUUUUGAGGGUAGGUUUGCAUCGCCUAAUUAGCAGGAGAGUUUAUUGCGUUAAUGAAUAG